AUGUCGAGGAAGAACAACCGGCACAAGAUCAAGGCGCAGUAUGAGCUGGAGGUCGAGCGAGAGCGACAGCGCAAGGAGAAGCUCAUAAAGAAGCGCGAGCGGAAAGCGAGUGCCCUGAAGAGCAAAGGAGAGACAGUGGUAAAGAAAGUGUCCAACAAAGUGCUGAGGAGAAUGCGCAUUCGACAGAUGGAGCAGGAGGCGCGUGACGGGAUGGACGAAGACGACGGCGCGGACGAGAAGAAGAAGAAGAAGCAGAAGAAGCGAACGGCCGACGAGAUGGCGAUGGAGGAAUAG